UUGCAGCCAUUUUACGCAGGGUGAACCCAAUCAUGUCGUGAGGGAAGCGGGGAGGAACAGGGUCUGCGUGGAUCACCUGGAACUGCUGCUGCAGGGACCUAUCCGAGGAAAAUGGUGAAGAGGAAAAGCUUGGAUGAAAAUGAACCGGAAUGCGGGAAGGGAGUACCAUUCCCCAUCCAGACCUUCCUCUGGAGGCAGACCAGUGCUUUCCUGCGGCCAAAGUUGGGGAAACAGUAUGAAGCCUCCUGUGUGUCCUUUGAGCGGGUGCUGGUGGAGAACAAGCUGCACGGUCUGUCACCAGCGCUGUCAGAGGCCAUCCAGAGCAUCUCCCGCUGGGAGCUGGUCCAGGCCGCCCUGCCUCACGUCCUCCACUGCACCUCCAUCCUGCUGUCCAACAGGAACAAACUGGGCCACCAGGAUAAGCUAGGUGUGGCUGAGACCAAGCUGCUGCACACGCUGCACUGGAUGCUGCUGGAUGCCGCCCAGGAGUGCAACCAUGAGCCCAUUCUGAGCCAGGGAUGGUCCCGGGGCGGCAGCAGCAGCAGCGCCUUCCUCCAACCCAUGGGGAAUCAGGGAUCUUCCCCCGGAGCUCCCGGCUCUGGCUCCGGGUCGGCCCUCGGCGGGUCGGGGCGGCAGAACAGCAGCUCCCUGCUGGAGGACGACGAGCAAUCUCGAACCAAGUUGUUCCAAAAGAGUAUGGCCACGGUGGAGCUGUUCGUGUUCCUGUUCGCGCCGCUGAUUCAUCGCAUUAAGGAGUCGGACCUGACCUUCAGGCUGGCCAGUGGUUUGGUGAUAUGGCAGCCCAUGUGGGAGCACCGGCAGCCCGACAUCCCGGCCUUCACCUCACUAAUUAAACCAGUCCGGAACAUUGUGACGGCAAAGAGAAACUCCCCAGUCAACAAUCAGUGCAGCCCCCAUGGAUCUGCUAACCAAAGUCCCAUGGGCUUCCAGGUGGUCUGUGAGGCCAGUCAGUCCGUUUCCUCCUCCCCUGCAGCUGGUGAGCAGAGUUGUCGUCCGGCCAACUCGGUUGAGAAAGGGGGCACUUCCCAGCAGCCCCUGCCUGUCAAAGGCCCUGCUAAGAAAAAGACUUCGGCUCCUGCUGGUUUGCCGGCGUCUCUGGCCCAUCGAGCGCGGUACGCCACCUACUUUGACGUUGCUGUGCUGCGUUGCCUGCUUCAGCCCCACUGGACGGAGGAGGGCGUGCAUUGGGCCCUCAUGUACUACCUGCAGCGGUUAAAGCAGAUCAUGGAGGAGAGACCCGAACGUACCCCGGAACCCCUGGUCAUCCCUCUGCCACGGCCACGGAGCAGCUCCAUGGUGGCCGCAACUCCAUCGCUGGUCAACACUCACAAGACUCAGGACAUGAGUCUGAAGUGCAACGAAGAAGGCAAAUCUUUGAGCACGGAGACCUUUGCGAAAGUAUCACUCACCAACUUGCGUCGACAGGCCGUGCCAGACUUGUCUUCUGACCUGGGUAUGAACAUCUUCAAGAAGUUCAAGAACCGAAAGGAGGACAGGGAGAGAAAAGGUUCCAUCCCCUUCCAUCACACUGGGAAGAAGCGCCAGCGGCGGAUGGGUGUGCCGUUCCUGCUUCAUGACGACCAUUUGGACGUCUCUCCCACGCGGAGCACCUUCUCCUUCGGAAGCUUCUCGGGGCUGGGGGACGACCGGCGGGCUUUGGACCGCGGUGGCUGGCAGGCUACCAUCAUGGGCAAAUUCACACGCAGGGGCAGCACGGACACAGCUGCAGACGCCGACAGCCUGAGCGCCAAACACUCCCACUCCCACCACUCACUACUCCGAGACAUGCCCGACCACUCCAACAGCCACAGCGACAACACGGUGAAGGAAGUCCGUUCCCAGAUCUCGACCAUCACCAUGGCAGCGUUCAACACAACCGUUGCGUCCUUCAACGUGGGCUACGCCGACUUCUUUACCGAGCAUAUGAAGAAACUGUGCAACCCGGUCACUGCGCCCGAGAUCCCCGUGGAACCACUGGCCUGCACCAACCUCCCCCGGAGCCUCACCGACUCCUGUAUCAACUACUCCUGUCUGGAAGAGGGCGAGAACAUAGAGGGAACCAAUAACUUUGUGCUGAAAAAUGGCAUGUUGGACCUAACGGCCGUCCUGCGGGCUGUUUAUGCCGUACUCAGUCACGACAUCAGCUCCAGGAUCUGCGACGUGGCACUUAACAUCAUUGACUGCCUGCUGCAGCUGGGGGUAGUCCCCGGGAUGGGGAAGAGGCUGUCCAAGCCUGAUAACAAGGAAAACCAGGAGGCUCGUGCCAAAGACUCAAGCGGGCAAAGCCUUGGAGGGGGUGCUCAGGGUGGGGGAGCGAUUUCAGGAGCCGGCGGGGGAGGAGAUGGAGGCGGGGGGGGGGGGAGUGGAGGAGGGAGCGGGCAGGGGAGCAAGGAUGAUGUGAAAAAUAACAAGGAUAAUGACAAAAAGGAGGAAGAGGGUUCUGCUUUUAGCACCCACCGCCUGGCUUUAACCAUGCUGAUUAAGAUAGUCAAGUCUCUGGGCUGUGCUUACGGAUGCGGGGAGGGACAUCGAGGGCUAUCAGGAGAUCGGCUCAGGAUGCAGGCCCAAAACUGCUUGACUAAUCUUUAUAAGCUGGACAAGGUGCAGUUUCGCCAAACGAUGCGCGAGUAUGUCAACAAAGACUCUCUCAAUAACAUUGUGGACUUCCUGCACGCACUGCUGGGCUUCUGCAUGGAGCCCAUUACUGACAACAAGGCGGGCUUUGGUAACAACUUCGCCACAGGGGACAACAAGUCGCUGGCGCAGAACAUGGAGGCAGUGGUGGUGGGCUGCAUGUUUAAGUCCCUUAUCACCCGCUGCGCCUCGACUACACAUGAGCUGCACAGCCCCGAGAACCUGGGUUUGUACUGCGAUAUCCGCCAGCUGGUUCAGUUUAUAAAAGAGGCCCAUGGAAAUGUUUUCCGGCGGGUGGCGCUGAGUGCACUCCUAGACAGUGCCGAGAAGGUCACCGCCACCAAGAAACCUGAUGAAAAGGAUGAUGGCAAACAGUUCGGACCAAGGAGGUCUGAGGCGGGUGUGUCCGGGGAGAAGGGUCAGGUCUCCAGUGCUGCAGAUGAGUGUCGCAGCUGCAUCUCCAGUAGACCCCCCCAGACCCCCGAACAUGACGAACAGAUCCCGGGCGCCCUCCUUGGCAGGAAGGACUUCUGGAGGAAGAUGUUCAAGUCCCAGAGUGCCGCCAGCGACACCAGCAGCCAGUCAGAGCAGGACACUUCGGAAUGCACCACGGCGCAUUCUGGCACCACCACCGACCGCCGUUCUCGUUCCAGAUCCCGACGCAUUUCGCUCCGCAAGAAACUCAAACUCCCCAUAGGGAACUGGCUAAAGCGCUCCUCCCUGUCUGGCCUGACCGAUGGGGUGGAGGACCUGCUGGACAUCAGCUCAGUGGAUCGCCUGUCCUUCAUAAGACAGAGCUCAAAGGUGAAGUUCACAAGUGCAGUGAAGCUGUCUGAAGGGGGCGCUGCGGGGCCGGAGUACGGCAGGGACGAGGAGGAGAAUUUCUUCAAGCGGCUCGGACCUCAUGGUUUUCAGGAGCGUUUAGCAGCUAGUCAAGAGGCCAUGAAAAACAAGAACGUGGUGAAUCUGGGCGCGAUCCGGCAGGGAAUGAAGCGCUUCCAGUUUCUCCUAAACUGCUGUGAGCCAGGAACCAUUCCCGAUGCCUCCAUCCUUGCUGCCGCUUUAGAUUUGGAGGCUCCAGUUGUGGCCCGUGCUUCCCUUUUCCUAGAAUGUGCCAGAUUCGUCCACCGUUGUAACCGUGGGAACUGGCCAGAGUGGAUGAAGGGCCACCAUGUUAACAUCACCAAAAAGGGCCUAUCCAGGGGUCGGUCGCCAAUAGUGGGCAACAAAAGAAACCAGAAGCUCCAGUGGAACGCUGCCAAACAUUUCUGCCAGUGGGGAGAUGCUAUCGGCACAAGGCUCAGUGAGCUCUGUCACUCGGACAGCGAGAGUCCCGCCAACAUUCUGGGUUAUAUUUAUGACGAAGAGACUAAGCGCAGAAUGAGAAAAGAAGAUGAGGAAGAGGAUUAUCUGGAGGACAACACGGUUAAUCCCACAAAAUGCGGCUGCCCUUUUGCUCUAAAGAUGGCCGCCUGUCAGUUGUUGUUGGAAAUCACCACCUUCCUGCGAGAGACGUUCCCCUGCCUACCCCGCCCUCGAACCGAGCAGCUUGCGGACCUGGACAGCUGCCGUCUGCGUCUGGACCCGGAGCUGGGCCGCCAUCGCUACGAGAGGAAGAUCAGCUUUGCGGGAAUCCUGGAUGAUGAAGAUGGGCAUGACUCUCUCAACAGCAGCAGCCACACUCUGAAGUCUGACACGACGGGAGAGGAGAAGAAGACCCAGGAGCCUCAGGCACCUGUCAGGAAGAUUCGAAUCGGAGGCGCUCGGUUGCUUCAGAUCAAAGGGGCCCGCAGUUUCCGUGUGAAAAAGGGGGGGUCCCUCUCUUCGAUCCGCCGUGCGGGGAGCCUGAAGAGCACCAAGCUGUCUCGGCAGGACUCCGAGUCGGAGAACGAAGAAGGGCUGCUGUCACAAACGCAGAGCAGGGACACCGUCACUGACAUCGGAAGUCCCUUCAGCACCAGUGAACCCAGCAUUGAGCCUGAGGGCCAGGGCUCAGGAGGAGCUGAAGACAACUACCAUCGCAACAUGUCCUGGCUCCAUAUAAUGAUUCUGCUGUGUAACCAGCAGAGUUUCAUCUGCACACACGUAGACUUCUGUCACCCACGUUGCUACCAGCAUCACGGCCGCUCCUGUGCCCGUCUUGUCCGCGCCAUCAAGCUCGUUUACGGUGAGACGGUGGACAGCCUGAGAGAGGACAGUGCCUCUGGUGCCCCUGGUGGACGCGCAAAGAAGAACAAGGAGUGUUCAGAUAAAUCCUGCCUGAGGACUCCCUCCAUGAAGAGGAAACCUACCGACUCCAACGCAGAAGGGAAGAAGGACACCGGCAUGCUCAAGUACAUCCGCAACCAGGUGAUGAGUUUGUCCCCAGCUCCUCUUUCACUGCUGAUAAAGGCUGCCCCGAUUCUCACUGAUGACAUGUAUGGAGACAUUCAGCCCGCCGCCUGGGAGCUGCUGCUUAGCGUUGACGAGCAUAUGGCGGCUGCAGCUGCCGCCAUGUUCCUCCUCUGCGCCGUCAAGGUCCCCGACGCAGUGACCGAAAUGAUGAUGGCGGAGUUCCAACACCAGGAGGCCUGUCAGCGCAUCAACUCCGUCCUAAAGUUCUACACACUGUGGCGUUUCCGCUAUCAGGUGUGGCCUCGGAUGGAGGAGGGAGCCCAGCAGAUCUUCAAAAUCCCUCCACCAAGCAUCAACUUCACUCUGCCGUCUCCAAUCCUUGGCAUGCCCUGCGUCCCCAUCUUCGACCCCCCCUGGGUGCCGCAGACCACUGGCAGCGUCCAGGACCCGAUUAACGAAGACCAGUCUAAAUCCUUUUCCGCGCGAGCCGUGUCGCGCUCCCACCAGCGAGCCGAGCACAUCCUGAAGAAUCUGCAGCAAGAGGAGGAAAAGCGGCGCCUAGGCCGCGAGGCUAGCAUCAUCACAGCCAUCCCGGUGGCUCAGGAGGCCUGCUAUGAGCCCACCUGCAGCCCUCCACCAGAACAGGAGGAAGAAGCAGAAGAAGUGGUGAACCUCACAGCCCGCCGUCUUUCCGUCAGCCCGUCCUGCGCUUCCAGUAACUCUCACAGGAAUUACUCGUUUCGCCGAGGUUCGGUCUGGUCCGUCCGCUCCAUGGCGAGUGCAGAAGAUGAAGAAAACACAACAGACCACACUCCUACUCACCACAUGCUUCAACCGCCUCAAGCUGUCUUCCCAGCAUGCAUCUGUGCCGCAGUGUUACCAAUAGUCCACCUCAUGGAAGAUGGAGAAGUCAGAGAGGAUGGUGUGGCUGUGAGCGCCGUCGCACAGCAAAUCCUCUGGAACUGCCUUAUUGAAGAUCCCGCUCUGGUUCUCCGCCACUUCCUGGAGAAACUCACAGUGAGCAACAGACAGGAUGAGCUGAUCUACAUGUUGAGGAAGCUGCUGCUAAACAUCGGGGAUCUACCUGCGCAGACUUCUCACAUCCUCUUUAACUACCUGGUGGGGCUGAUCAUGUAUUUUGUGCGCACUCCUUGCGAGUGGGGUAUGGACGCCAUCUCUGCCACGCUGACCUUCCUGUGGGAGGUGGUGGGGUACGUGGAGGGGCUGUUCUUCAAAGACCUAAAGCAGACCAUGAAGAAAGAGCAGUGUGAGGUCAAACUGCUCGUCACUGCGUCCAUGCCAGGAACCAAAACCCUUGUGGUACACGGCCAGAAUGAGUGUGACAUCCCAACUCAGCUGCCAGUCCAUGAAGACACCCAGUUUGAUGCCCUAUUAAAGGAGUGCCUUGAAUUCUUCAACAUUCCCGAAGCAAGAUCUGCUCACUACUUCCUGAUGGACAAAAGAUGGAACCUCAUUCACUACAACAAGACUUAUGUCAGAGACAUCUAUCCCUUCCGGAGGUCAGUUUCUCCUCAACUUAACCUAGUCCACAUGCUGCCCGAGAAAGGACAAGAACUUAUCCAGAAACAGGUGUUCACCCGUAAAAUGGAGGAGGUUGGUCGGGUCCUCUUCCUGAUAUCUCUUACCCAACACAUGCCAGCGGUACACAAGCAGUCCCACGUCUCCCUGCUGCAAGAAGACCUGCUGAGACUUCCUUCCUUCCCUCGAACUGCUAUUGAUGCAGAGUUCUCCCUCUUCAACGAGCCACAAGGUAAGGAGCUGUUUGGUCUGGACACUCUCCACAAAGUGCUUUGGAUUAAGCUCCUGGAGGAGAUGUUCCUCGGCAUGCCCAGCGAGUACCCUUGGGGGGACGAGAUGAUGCUGUUCCUCAACGUCUUCAACGGAGCAUUGCUGCUUCACCCGGAGGACAGCUCCCUCCUUAGGCAGUACACGGCCACCGCCAUAAACACAGCCGUCCACUUUAACCACCUCUUCUCACUGAGCGGAUACCAGUGGAUCCUUCCUACUAUGCUUCAGGUCUAUGCCGACUAUGAGAGCAACCCUUUGCUGCGACAGGGCAUUGAGUUUUGCUGCCGGCAGUUCUACAUCCUUCACCGAAAGCCCUUCAUCCUCCAGCUGUUUGCAAGUGUUGCUCCACUGCUGGAAUUCACUACCAGCACCAGCACUGGUUUAUCAAAAGGAGUGUCGGCCCAGUGUCUCUUUGACCUGCUGGUGUCGUUGGAGGGGGAGACCCAGGAUGCCCUGGAUGCUUUGGAGCUGGUUAAGGCAGAGAAACCUCUCCGUUCUCUUGAUUUUUGCUACGGUAAUGAAGACUUAGCCUUUUCCAUCAGUGAGGCCAUCAAGUUAUGUGUAACUGUUGUCGCCUAUGCGCCAGAAUCCUUCAGGAGUCUUCAGAUGCUUAUGGUGCUGGAAGCUUUGGUUCCCUGCUUCCUUCAGAAGCUUAAGAGCAACACUGCAACAAUGGAGUCCGCCUCUGCCGCCAGGGACGAAAUAGCAGCGAUUGCUUCAAUGGCCACAUCCCUACAGGCUUUGCUCUACAGCUCUGAGGCUCUCACCAGGCCAAUGACCGCCCCACAGAUGUCCCGCUGCGACCAAGGCCACAAGGGAGGCACAACAGCCAACCACGCUAUGUCCGGAGGCGUCAACACCAGGGACAAUCUCCACCUUCUGGAGGAGGGUCAGGGCAUGCCGAGGGAGGAGCUGGACGAGCGUCUCGCCAGGGAGGAGUUCCGCCGGCCACGAGAGUCCCUGUUAAACAUUUGCACAGAGUUUUAUAAACACUGUGGCCCUCGACUCAAGAUCCUGCAGAACAUUGCUGGAGAGCCACGGGUCACUGCGCUGGAGCUACUGGACAUCAAAUCCCACAUGAGACUGGCGGAAAUCGCCCACGCUCUCCUUAAGCUGGCACCCUACGACACACUGACCAUGGAGAGCAGGGGCCUGCGUCGCUACAUCAUGGAGAUGCUGCCCAUCACCGACUGGUCGUCAGAGGCCGUGCGCCCCGCCCUCAUCCUCAUCCUCAAGAGGCUGGACCGCAUGUUCAACAAGAUCCACAAGAUGCCCACGCUCAGGAGACAAGUGGAAUGGGAGGCGGCCAGCAAUCUGAUCGAGGGAAUCUGUCUGACGCUGCAGCGCCAGCCAAUCAUCUCCUUCCUCCCACACCUUCGCUCUCUGAUUAACGUCUGCGUCAACCUGGUGAUGGGUGUGGUUGGUCCCUCCAGUGUAGCAGAUGGACUCCCCCUCCUCCACCUCAGCCCAUACCUCUCUCCUCCCCUUCCUUUCAGCACAGCCGUUGUCCGGCUUGUCGCUCUUCAGAUUCAGGCCUUAAAGGACGACUUCCCUCUCAGUCAUGUGAUCUCGCCAUUCACCAAUCAGGAGAGGCGAGAGGGGAUGCUGCUUAAUCUGCUUAUUCCUUUUGUUCUGACUGUGGGCUCUGGAAGUAAAGAUAGCCCCCACCUUGAGCAGCCAGAGAUCUUCCUUCUCCUUCAGACUGUCAUCAACAUCCUGCUACCCCCUCGGAUCAUCUCCACCUCCCGCACCAAGAACUUUAUGUUGGACGCUUCGCCGGCUCACUGCUCUACGCCUGGAGACACGGGAAAGGAUCUGCGUAGAGAGGGAUUAGCCGAGUCCACUAGCCAGGCGGCAUAUCUGGCUCUGAAGGUGGUGCUGGUUUGCUUCGAACGUUCUUUGGGAAACCAGUGGUAUCGUCUGAGCCUGCAGGUGAAAGAGAUGGCUCUGAGGAAGGUGGGAGGUUUGGCUUUCUGGGACUUCAUCGACUUCAUUGUGCGGACCCGCAUCCCUAUUUUCGUUCUCCUGAGACCCUUCAUACAAUGUAAGUUGCUGACCCAACCAGCUGACUCCCAGGAGGAGAUUACAGCGCGCCACCACAUUGCUGACCAGCUAGAGCGACGCUUCAUCCCAAGACCUCUCUGCAAGAGCUCACUCUUUGCAGAGUUCAACAAUGAACUCAAGAUCCUCAAAGAGGCUGUACACAGUGGCUCUGCGUACCAAGGAAAGACCUCCAUCAGCACUGUUGGGACCUCUACAUCUGCGUACCGGCUCAGUCUGGCCACCAUGUCACGCUCCAAUACGGGCACCGGCACAGUUUGGGAGCAGGAUAGCCAGCCAUCGCGCCAACCAUCACAGGAUACACUCAGCCGCACUGACGAGGACGACGAAGAGAAUGACUCCAUCAGUAUUCCCAGCGUUGUGAGCGAGCAUGAGGCUUUCCUGCCGCGGGUAAUGUCUCAGCGGCGUUUCUCCAGCCACGCUACUGGCUCUGCAACCUUGCAGCCUGAGAAUCCCCGCACCACCAUGCUGCCCAGUCAAAGUGAACCAAAUGUGCUAGAUGAGUCCCAGGGCCUUCUGCAGGAGGGUAACCUCUCUAGGGUUGCAAGCGUUCAAAGUGAACCUGGACAACAGAACCUUCUACUCCAGGCCCCGUUAGGAAGAAAACGUGGACUCAGACAGCUGCGGCGCCCACUGCUGUCCAUUCCAAAGACUGAGCCGCGAGGUCGUUCUGGAGCUCGCCUCUCCACGACUCGAAGGAGCAUCCAGCCUAAAAACAAACCUCUGGCACAUGGAGACCAGAAGAGGUCUGUGACCUUUACGGAGACUCAAGGCCAGCAGGCGUCUCCCAGUACUGCAGAACCUCCAGGUGAAAGCAGGAAGUCAAGCCCAGCACCAUCAAAGUCCCCCACACUGGAAGUGCCCUCUGUUACCACGGCUACCAUCAAAGCUGAUCUGCAUGGGCCUGCAAACACACAGGUCCCUUCAGCCAUGAGCAGCAAGGAGAGGAGGGAACAGUGGGGGCUCCGCAGCAGCCUCUCCCCUCCCCCCUCCUUCUCCCGACCUUCCACCCCCACGCCCCCCUCCCGUACCUGCUCCCCUCUCCCUCUAUCUCGCACCUCUUCCCCUCUCCCCCCUCCGCUCCCAGUGCUGAGUGCGGCCCCCUCCCCAGGCCCCCCUCCACCGCCGCCUCUGCCGCCCAGCAUCAGAGAGAGCCCCGGGGACGAGGACACGACGGCGCUGCUGCCCCGUGGCGAUGCCCUGCAACGGCUCAGCGAGGACGAAGGCACCGAGAACCCGCUCCUUGCCCCUUUGCUUUCGCCCAAGUCGCCCCGACGCUCCCCUCGUCGGUUUCCUCUCCCUCUCUCCCCCGUUGACCUGGACCUGGAUGAGUCCCACGUGUGAGAGGAAUGGGAAUAUUUCCUCACGUGACAAUCAGAGUUUAAAAAGACUAAAGUCGGGGAUGAAUGUAUAUCAGCUGUCAACUCCACCGUAGAUUUAACUAAUUAAAAAUCUUAAUAUUACAUUUAUUUCCUUCACAAACUCAGAGAUUUAUUUUUUAGAAUAUUUUCAGUCAUAUUUAUAUCAUUAUUUAAUAUUAAAACUACUAAAUUAGCACUU